AGGGAACAGAUGUUGGUGCUGAUCUCAUUAAAGACGAGCCAGUGGUCCUGCAGCAGACUGGACUUUGUGCCUUUGAUACACGCAGCUAGCUGACUGCAUAUGGGUGGAAAGAUGCCCCCUUUCAACAUCUUAGAGAGCUGUUUCAUGGCAGGUCCUUAAACCUGCAGUUUUCAUUUCAUGUCUUAAAUGUGCAUGAAGGAAUUAAACUGCACGAGUGAAUAACAGCAUUAGUUUCAAUUAAUUUUUAUCCUGGCAACAAUAAACUUUAGAAACAAAGCGCUUUUACAUCCUUAAUUAGCCCUGCUUCCCAUCUGUAGUCUUUUAAGUGUCUGUUCCUUGAUUUAACUUUGUCCCUCCUUCAGAGCUGCUUUCUUUUUCAUUCUUUCCCUUUUUUUCUUGUUAUCCCUUCCAGACUGUUGUUUCUUUUCUGCAACCUUUCACCUCCCCUGUCCCUAUCUGUCUGCCUGGCUUUGUGCAGUUUAUUUCUACUGUAUUUUCCCAACAUCAACAGCAGUAUUGGUUACCAUGGCCCCAAGCUAUGUGCAGAGGUGGGAAAGCUUCAUCCGCCCAAAAGUUCUUACACUUUUGAAGUCUUUCUUUUAGUAGGAUCUGAAAUGUAUCAUCUAGAGUGUGUAUUAAAUGAACAGUAUUCCUGAAGGCUUUAGAGCAAGAAAGGCAACACCCUGGAAAAUUCUGCAGUCUUUCAGCAUUCUCUGCCCUAGGGUUAUAGCCCUGGGCAUGGAGCUGAAUGGAGCUCUUACAACUGCCUUCUGUUUACCUUUUAUGGUUAAAAUAACAGCUUAGCAAAGAAGCAACUUCAUGGAGAAACGAUUCAGUGAAAUCAUCUCAAGCUGUAGCAGCAGAGCUAGUUUAAUCACCCCUAGAGAGCUGAACAACUGUGAACACAAUGGGACACAAAAUCAUUUUGUGUGUAAAUGAGCAUGGCAUUGUGAUUAUUUCACUUUGCAUGGGCAAAUAGUUUUUACAAGCAGUACUUAUGCAGUUAGCUUAGAAAGGCAGGAAAAGAUGAGCUGGCUGGGAAAGAUCUCGGUGUGCAAUGUUUGAAAAACCAAAUAUUCAGAUAAUUUGGGAAUCAGGCUCUAUUGAUUUUGCCUUUAGCAGGCUCCUGUGUUACUUAUGAGAACAGGGUUAUUGCUUGUGCCACUGGUAGUGAUGUUAUACCCUUUUGUAGACAACUGAAGAGUAGGGAUUAUUUUACAUGGUUUAAUAAAUGAAGUUUGUUAGUGUUUCUGCAAUAUUUACCCUAAAGGUUUUAAUUUCACAUCAGUAUUAGAAAACACAUGCACAAAGGCUUUCUACAGGAUAAAUACUUUUCGGCUUUAGCUUUGUGCAUAAAAGAAAUAUGUUACUUGAUGCAGUGAAUUUUAGGUCAGUUUACGUGAGAGAAGAAGCUGAAGAAGGCAGUCAGUAAACUUAGGGUUAAGGUAGCUUAAAGAAUUUGGAAUAUUUAUAUUUAAGAUGAAUGGGAGUCCUUACCUGACUUAGUAGUGUUUCAGCAUUAUGCCCUUUUGAUUAACUAGCAGAAAUAUGACUGGCUUCCCCAGCUUUCACCAACAUUUUGGGUCAUUUUUUAAAUAUUAAUCUUCAGUAACUAAACAAUAAACCUGCAUUUUAGUUCAUCUGCCCUUCCCCCUGUACACCCUCAGUAAGUAUGAAAAUCUAUGUAAGUUUGAAAACUAUUUUAGUUUGCUGGUGAUUUUCUAUAAUUAAGCGUUUUUUCAACACACACUCUAGCUGGGAGAUGCCAAAAGCAGAGGAUUGUUCAAAAGGUCCCUCCAGUGAAUAGUAUAAAUUAAAUAUCUCUACUGUAUGGGUAUGGCCUCAGUAAGAGUCUCAGACAGUUUGCAGAUCAAGGAAUUUGCUGGUAUACUAACAUUAAACAAAAUCAUAAGAUAGCAGCAGUGUUUAAAUAUGCACAAAUGGACUCAGAUCACUUGAUCUUUAGCUAUCUGUGCAUAUUUUAAAAUGUAAGUCUGUAUUUCCAGACAAACAGUUAAAUAUAAGACUUGUUUAAAGAGUACUGCAAGUCCUUUGAUUUCAUUUAGAAAUUGUAUCAAGGGGUGUGGGUAAGCCCUAAUUAGGCAUAUUUUUAUGUACAUCUACAUGAGAUGUAUUUCCACAUACAGGCAGCUCUGUAUCCUGUAAGGUCUGUACCUUUAUCAUUAGUGAUAACAGUUAGGGUCAGAACAAAGGCAGAGUUGACAUUUAGAAUGUAGCUACUGACCCUUACAUUCAAGUGCAGAUUGCUCAUGAGUUUACAAUGCUUUUUGGUAGGAAAAAAAAUCUUUGUGUUGGUAGACAGAUAUAGCAUCCACAUAUGUAAAGCUAAAUGCUAAAAGACUGUGGUGGUUUAGAUGUUAAAUUGUUUUAAAAAGUUCUUUUAUUUGGGAUAUAUGACACAUUUCCUAAGAAUGCCUACAACAGGACUUUGUAGGAAGAAACAUCUUCAGUUGUUAAAAGGAUUCGAUCACUUUCCUUGAAGGUGGUGCUAUAGUAGAAAUGUUAAUGCCAAUUUCACGUCGACUGACACAGAAGUUCCAGGACAGUGUUGAUGUUUUGUUCGGUGUUCAGUGCAGAUGUCCAUUCUGCAUUUGAAGAAAAAAGGAUGUGGAUUCAUAAUGGGGAGGGAAGAAGCAUGUCCCGUCUGUCUCUAACACGAUCCCCAGUUUCUCCCCUGGCUGCUCAAGGAAUUCCUCUCCCAGCUCAACUCACCAAAUCCAAUGCUCCUGUGCACAUCGAUGUAGGAGGACACAUGUACACCAGCAGCCUGGCUACCUUGACAAAGUAUCCAGAUUCCAGAAUAAGUCGUCUGUUUAACGGCACAGAGCCUAUUGUCUUGGACAGUUUAAAACAACAUUAUUUCAUUGAUCGAGAUGGUGAAAUUUUCAGAUAUAUAUUAAGCUUCCUAAGGACAUCUAAAUUGCUACUCCCAGAUGACUUUAAGAAAUCUUGUAAUUUUACCAGCGUGAUUAAAGUGACAGAAGACAACAAUCAAAGGCUGCAAAUGGAAUCGUUUGGUGUUUCUAAAUGCAAAACACUAUUUAAGGACUUUAAUCUUUUAUAUGAAGAAGCAAAGUAUUACCAGCUGCAGCCAAUGAUUAAGGAACUUGAGCGAUGGAAACAAGAGAAAGAACAAAGGAAACAUUUCCAGCCUUGUGACUGCCUGGUUGUAAGAGUGACUCCAGAUCUCGGGGAAAGGAUUGCACUGAGUGGGGAGAAAGCUUUAAUAGAAGAGAUCUUCCCUGAGACUGGGGAUGUCAUGUGCAACUCUGUAAAUGCAGGUUGGAACCAAGACCCGACCCACGUCAUUAGGUUUCCUUUGAAUGGAUACUGCCGGUUGAAUUCAGUGCAGGUGCUUGAAAGAUUAUUUCAGAAGGGAUUUAACGUGGCAGCUUCAUGUGGCGGUGGGGUGGAUUCCUCUCAGUUCAGUGAAUAUGUGCUGUGUCGUGAAGACAGAAGACCACAACCCACCCCAACGAUCAGAAUAAAGCAAGAGCCCCUGGACUAGAACCUCCCCUUUCCUCCUUUGUAACCGUAGAAGUGUUUAAUAGUCCCUCGUGUGAAACACUAAGGAUUUGCAAAACAGUAUUAGCAAACAAAUUUUGACUUUAUGUUGCCAAUUAGUGGUAUUCUCAAACUACCUGUCACCUAGCCAGCCAUGAAAUGCAUUUGAAAAACCAGUUGUUCGUUUUUCAUGAUGAAAUCACUGAGCAUGCUCAGCGUACCAGGCUUUGUGGGAACGUACUUUCAGCCAAGCAGCUGUGAUGUUGAUAAAAGCAAAGCUUCACAAAAUACUGACCCUUGCUUGGACUUCUGCAGAAAAGACCUAUUAAAGCAAUUUGAAUACGUCAGCUGAAGAAAUGAAUCUGACAGCUUUCCUGACUGCCUCUCCCAUCAGCGACACAGUAAUGUAGGAUGCGGAGGCCCCCAAAAGGAAGAUGGUACAUUAAAAACUGCACUGAAUAUCUUCCCUGUCUGAAUGCCACACCUGUCAUAUCAAACGUGCUUUCCACCUCCGUAUGUUAUGUUACACUUCUGUGAUUGUACUCAUUCAUGCUAGCAAAUGGCUUAUUUUUAUACAUUUACAACUGAAAUAACUGUGCACAGAAUCAGAAAGGGACCAAGUCAUAGUCAUCUGGUGCUCAGUAUUUUAAAAGCAAUCGACAAGACUAAUCCUGGCCAAACUUUGCAAAGGUAGGGAUCUGGUAGCACAAGUUAAAGUAAAGCCACUUGACCCUGAACUACAUAAGCCCAGGCCCCUGACACCCUUCUUUUAAAGCCAGUUUUGCUGUCUGUAACUCAGUUUCCAAGUCUUGCAUUAUCAGAGGAGCAGUCAUUCUGCUGAGCAAGUUCUGUUCCCCAUUUCUUCUUCACAUACUAAAUCUGUUUAGUGCCCAUGUGCCAGAAGUGAUGUUAAACAUUUUGGAUGCCCUCUGCUCUUCAUGGCUCUGGAAUUUUUACUAUGUGAUGCUAAAACCCUAUUCUUUUCCUUACAGUUGGACAGGAGCAGGCCAACUUUUGUUUGGAGAUUCUUUUCUACUAAUUUGAAACUACAACUAAAAUACUAAUUCUGUACCUGCUCUCUGCCUGUGUACUUUUCUCUUUAAAGCCGCCCUUUGUCUGUUGGAGGUUACUGUUCCUUUAACGAGUACAGCAUCAAUCUUCUGUCUUAUGCAGCUUCCUUAACUCAGGAGACAGCACCAUGUUUGCAGGUGCAAGUAUAUAAAUAGCAUUCUGCUAAAUCCUGUUUAUUGCUGUUUAGCAUGAUUGGGUCCUCAAUAACUAAUUCACGUGUUAAUCGCAAUUUAGUUUCUCCCACGUUAAUUUAUAGAACACUGUUGUAGACACUGAAUUUUAACUAAACUCUUUUUAGAUGUAUAAGUACAGCCAUAUAGAACAAGGGACAGAGUAUGAAGCAGUCAGCAAUAUUUGACAAUUCUCAGUCUCUAACUCCAAAUGAUUAAUUAGGCAGAAAUCAGGACUUAGAGGUGAAGACUAGAACUUUCAGAAGCGACAAGUGAUUUUGGGGGCUCGAGCUGGAGUCUGUAUCCGGGCCAGAUUUUUGGAUGGUGCUGUGCACCUGGGUCCCUCUGAAUAUCAGCUUCGCAAACCGGACACCUGAAAACACAAGUCUCUUGUGAGGAUCUUAACAUGGUUGCACUGGCCUGCUACCUUAGCAGAACAGUUGCCAGACACUUGGGCAAAUCUGUCUCCUUUAAAGAGUUUUAAAGCUAUUUUAUUUUGUGGUUUUAUACUCGUAUGACACUAAAUAAAAUUGCUAGGUACUGCCAUAUUUGAAUAGAUGGCACGGCAUUCACCUAUGUAAGAUAUCUGUAGAAUUGUAUAUUAUACAUUUAAUAUUGUAAAAAACUUAACGUAUAAUUGUCAUGUAUUUGUGUAUACACAUUUCUUAUACAGUACUUCAUGCCAUAAACAUUUCUGUAAAGUAAAAGAUCAAAAACAAGCAAGUAGGGUGGAACACUCACUUUCUCUCCCACAUUCUUAAAACAGGUAAGAAGGUUUGAUUGCAUCUCCUCUACCUUUUGCUCAGUUCAUUACAGCUAUCCCUUCAAAAAGAAGAUUUAUUUAUUAGUUUGAUACAUUUUGUUCAAUUUCAGGUCAAAUUCCCCUUAAAACCAUCAGCGCAGCUUUUUGUUUUAACCACAUACAAGUUAUGCUUACAUCCUGAGAAGGAAUAUUCAGCAUAUGCUGUUCUGUUCAUUAAGAGUUAGUUAUUGGAGGGAAGUUCCUACAUAACUCUAUUAUGUUUCAAUAAUACGGGCCCAAUUCUGCUCUCCUCACUCAGGCAAAACUUCCACUCAAAUCAACAGUAGUUAUUGUCUCUGCACAGGAUCUAAUCAUAAGGGCAUUGAUAUUGAGCUCCUCCAGCAAGAUUAAGGUCCCCCUGAUGUGAACUAGAAAUUGAAGGCACUUGUGUCCUUUCCCAAGGAAUGCUUUAGUUGUAUGCAGAGAAUCAUUUGGAGUAUUUGUGGUCAGUUAGUUUGUUUUUCCUCAGUUUGGUGAUCACCAUAUAUUUAUAGCUCAAUAAAGCAGCUCCAGUACUUAUAGCAGUUUGGUAAGGUGGCAGCAUAAAAGGUUCCAGACUGCGCCAAGUGAGUUAAAUGUGAACUUGAGAUGGAAAGUUUGAGCCGUGACAUCACAACAUUAACUGCAAACUAGCAGUGAAGCAAGCAAGACAUGUGGAAACAAUCACUUUGUUAGGAGAAAUAUGCCUUUUUAAAAAGAAAAGUAAAGCUAGGACAUAUUCUUUUAGUUAGUGACUUCAGGUCACUUAUUUAAAGUUUAUUACAGUUUCAUUUAUAUCUUUUGUACGUCUACCCCUAUAUUCUAAAGCAGCAAUAGUAACAAAACAGAUUUGAUUUUUUUAAAUGUCUGACCCAGUGCACCUUCAGCAAGAUCAUUGCUCAGUCAUAUAAAACUAUCAAAGUAUCUCCAGUAAAACUGUGGUGUGCAGACAGUGAAUAUUUUUAGUUUGAAGACUAAAAAGUAAACGUGGCUUGUUUUUUAAUUUAAUUUGACUGAACAAAAUUGUUUGGAUUCUCUCUGGCUGAGUACUGAAAUUGUGGUUUUAAGGACUUCAGUCUCCUCUAGCACUUUUAUAUAUACCCUUCUACACCACUGUACUGCCAAGUUUGACAAAAAAAGUGAAAGAAGAAUGUUAUGUUGUGCUCGUUAGCCAAAUCUGUUUUAAAUACAUUCACUGGGCUGUAUUUAAUAGCUUCAACAUCUGAUGACAACUUUAUCAGAUGUUUGAAAAAGACUAAGAAUCAGCACAACAGAACAUUAAAUAUUCAAUUUUAGUAUUUCUUUGUGGAUAUUCUGUCCAUAUUUUAUUGCAAAAUGUUUCUGAACAGUGCUUACAAACUACAAGACAAUGUGAAACUGAAAUUCUUGUUUGAUAAAUUAAUACUGUGCGUCACUCAAAUGUGUUACUUUAGUAAAUUGUUUAUUUCUUUACAAAAGAAGUACAAAUAAGGAAGUAUGUUUUCACACAAAUUGGGGUAUUUACGAGUAUGUACAGAAAUCGUCAAAAUAACAUAAUUCUAAUAAACACAAGGUCUUUAUAAACAAUAUGUACAAAUUAUCAGUACAUUUAAAACAUAAUUUUACACUUCCUGGCCUUAAAUACCUUAUGAAUAAUCUUUUGGCUAAAUAGCAGCAGUAUAAAUUUUCUUCUGCUUUUCAUAAACCUUAAAAAAUAAUUAAAACUUUUGUUUUUAAAACUA